UAUACUUGGCUUGUCAAUGAAUCUGAAUCUCCUGAUUAUAUAUGGCUUGUCAAUGAGUCUGAAUCUUCUGAAUAUACUUGGCUUGUCAAUGAAUCUGAAUCUCCUGAGUAUACUUGGCUUGUCAAAGAGUCUGAAUCUUCUGAGUAUACUUGGCUUGUCAAUGAAUCUGAAUCUUUUGAGUAUACUUGGCUUGUCAAUGAAUCUGAAUCUCCUGAGUAUACUUGGCUUGUCAGUGAAUCUGAAUCUCCUGAGUAUACUUGGGUUGUCAAUGAGUCUGAAUCUCCUGAGUAUACUUGGCUUGUCAAUGAAUCUGAAUCUUUUGAGUAUACUUGGCUUGUCAAUGAGUCUGAAUCUCCUGAGUAUACUUGGCUUGUCAGUGAAUCUGAAUCUCCUGAAUAUACUUGGCUUGUCAAUGAAUCUGAAUCUCCUGAAUAUACUUGGCUUGUCAAUGAAUCUGAAUCUCCUGAAUAUACUUGGCUGGUCAAUGAAUCUGAAUCUCCUGAGUAUACUUGGCUUGUCAAUAAAUCUGAAUCUCCUGAAUAUACUUGGCUUGUCAAUGAAUCUGAAUCUUUUGAGUAUUCUUGGCUUGUCAAUGAGUCUGAAUCUCCUGAGUAUACUUGGCUUGUCAUUGAAUCUGAAUCUCCUGAGUAUACUUGGCUUGUCAAUGAAUCUGAAUCUUCUGAAUAUACUUGGCUUGUCAAUGAAUCUGAAUCUCCUGAGUAUACUUAGCUUGUCAAUGAAUCUGAAUCUCCUGAAUUUACUUGGCUUGUCAAUGAAUCUGAAUCUCCUGAUUAUAUAUGGCUUGUCAAUGAGUCUGAAUCUUCUGAAUAUACUUGGCUUUUCAUUGAAUUUAAAUUUCCUGAGUAUACUUGGCUUGUCAAUUAAUCUGAAUCUCCUGAGUAUACUUGGCUUGUCAAUGAAUCUGAAUCUUUUGAGUAUACUUGGCUUGUCAAUGAAUCUGAAUCUCCUGAGUAUACUUGGCUUGUCAGUGAAUCUGAAUCUCCUGAGUAUACUUGGGUUGUCAAUGAGUCUGAAUCUCCUGAAUAUACUUGGCUUGUCAGUGAAUCUGAAUCUCCUGAGUAUACUUGGCUUGUCAAUGAAUCUAAAUCUCCUGAGUAUACUUGGCUUGUCAAUGAAUCUGAAUCUCCUGAGUAUACUUGGCUUGUCAAUGAAUCUGAAUCUCUUGAGUAUACUUGGCUUGUCAAUUAAUCUGAAUCUCCUGAAUAUACUUGGCUUGUCAGUGAAUCUGAAUCUCCUGAGUAUACUUGGCUUGUCAAUGAAUCUGAAUCUUUUGAGUAUACUUGGCUUGUCAAUGAAUCUGAAUCUCCUGUGUAUACUUGGCUUGUCAAUGAAUCUGAAUCUCCUGAGUAUACUUGGCUUGUCAAUGAAUCUGAAUCUCCUGAGUAUACUUGGCUUGUCAAUGAAUCUGAAUCUCCUGAGUAUACUUGGCUUGUCAAUGAAUCUGAAUCUCCUGAGUAUACUUGGCUUGUCAAUGAAUCUGAAUCUCCUGAGUAUACUUGGCUUGUCAAUGAAUCUGAAUCUUUUGAGUAUACUUGGCUUGUCAAUGAAUCUGAAUCUCCUGU